ACCGAGCUACUCUGCCUACCGACUGCAGGGCAGCUGACACUUUUUAACAAAACACUGAGUCAUGCGAUGUGUGUGUGUAGAUCAAAACUUGUAGUUUUACUAUUUCAAUUCGCUUGAAUUUCCAUAAAGGACGAGAGUGUAAAGGGGAGGGAAGAAGAAUCUUUUCCAUGUCUACGGUUGAUUUGAAGCGGCACAAGGAGUCCAAAGGCAAGGAACGUGAUGCAGAGCAGUCAAAACUAGAGUUUUGGAAUCGUUUUGACGGUCUGAAUUAAGUGAUCUUUAACCUAAUUUUAUUAUUGGUUUAGUUGAUUUUAAGACCGUUGUUUUGAUCAAUAAACUUUUCUUGAAAAUGAUGAAUUUUGGGAUGUUUAUCUUUUGAUAUCAUGGUGAAUCAACAGGUCACCUUGAUUCAAAACGGUGAGUAGAACUCUUUUGAUAUUUUUUGGAUGGCACCUUGAUUCCCUUCUCUCAUGCAAUCUCACAAACUUUUGCCUUUGUUCUUUGCAACAAGUUACCGAGCUUUAUCUCUUCCUCCUUUUUCUUUUCCUCCUCUCCAAUCGUCUCACUUUAUUCCUCCACCUCAAAUUCACCUUAAUUAAUUACAAGGAGGGUAAUCCCCCAUGAUUCCUCUUGUGACCUCAUAGGCAGCAUCAUCCUCCUCCACCUCCUCCGUCUUAAGAAGACGUCGCAGCAUCCAUUCGCGUUAACGUUGCAGCAGUAGGAGCUGCUAUGGCUUCAGUGCCCGCCGAGCUCAGCCUCGAUUAUAAGCCUAACAACGCUUACUCCGUGGCCCAGAAGAAGAUCGCAGAGCAACAGCAGCCAGUGCAGAGCCAGAAGAUUCAAGAAUUCCUUGCGCGACUCGAGGAAGAACGCAACAAGAUUGAAGCUUUCAAGCGCGAGCUGCCUCUCUGCAUGCAGCUUUUAACCAAUGCGAUCGAGUGCUACAAGCAGCAGCUGGAGGCGUGCUGGACGAAGCAGGGGAUGCGGCCGGUGCUGGAAGAGUUCAUGCCUCUUAAGAACAUGAGCGUCAACGGGGACGAAGAGGGCGGUCUCAAUGCGCCAUCCGAGAAGCCGAGCUGGAUGCUCUCGUCCCAGCUAUGGAGCCAACCGGCGGACGCCGCCUCGGAGAAGCAACUCCCGCCGGUGCCGGCGACGAAAUUGGAGGCGGAGCAAGCAAUCGACGUGAGCCCCAGGCUGACGCUGGACGCCAAGCAGAGGAACGGCGGCGCCUUCCUUCCUUUCUCCAAGGAUAAGAACAGAAGCGGCGCCAGAGCGCCGGCAGAGGCGCCUCCACGCGCUCUGCCGGAGCUCGCGCUCGUGUCCGCAGAAAAAGUCGUCGAGGAAAGGAAGUGCGGCGAGGCGGAGACCGGUGGUGUCAACGGUAGAAGAGAAAACGGUGGCGGAGCAGAACACUGCAAGGGAGGUGGGAGCAACGCGACGGAAAGCCAAUCGACGCCGUCGCCGCCCGCCCAGAGGAAAGCCAGGAGAUGCUGGUCGCCUGACUUGCACCGGCGCUUUGUCAAUGCUCUUCAGAUAUUGGGAGGCUCUCAAGUGGCGACUCCGAAGCAGAUAAGGGAGCUGAUGAAGGUCGAUGGAUUGACCAACGACGAGGUGAAAAGCCACUUGCAGAAAUUUAGACUUCACACGAGGAGACCGGCGCCGGCGCCGCAGGUUGCGGCCUCGGCACCGCAGCUGGUGGUGCUGGGAGGCAUAUGGGUUCCCCCAGAGUACGCCACCUCGGCGGGGGCUCCGGCGAUCUACGGCGCCCAUCCGGGCCCUGCCCACUACUGCGCCGCCACGCCCAUCCCGCAAGAGUUCUACUCGUCGGUGGCGCAGGCGCCGCAACACCGCCGCCGCCGCCACUCGCUUCAACAUCUGAAGCCCCCGCGGGCGCCGGCGUACGAGGCGAUGGAGGGGGAGUCGCCCGAGUCCGAGGCGAGGAGCAGCGGAGACCGGUCCAAUAGCAUGGCGGAGGAGGAGGAGGAGGAAGGGGAGGAAGAGGAGAGUGAGGGGAAGGCGGCGCUGGCGAUCAAAGCCGAGGACAAGUUCUAAGCAUGCAUUUAAUGGACGUACGUACAGCUGCGAAGGCAUGUCGCAGUAGUUGAAAUUAAAGCUGGUUCUUGAAGCUGAGGAAGAGAAGGAAGGAGCUUUACGUGGAACUUUGUUGCAGUAGUAGGAGAAGGACGUGACAGGGGGCAUUGUCCUGUUGACUUGUCCAAAAGUCAACGUCUCAUGGGAUUGUGUGAGAACUUUGGAAAGUUGAGCUUGUCCUCUUCUUCUAGAUAUUGUCGGAAGAGACGAGGUUAAUUGAAGGAUGGAUGAGUUUCAAACUCUGUAAUUAUAGAUAUAAUUUUCUGAUUUUUGUGCUUUAAUAAGUAGAUGUGUGUAAGUGAAGGGAAAAGAAUGAGUCCAGUAUAUGUUUUUCGAUCAAAUUUAAAUUUAUUUAAAAUUAUGGGUAUUUGAAA